GGAGAAAACUGAUCGGAGGAGGGACUGCCAUUGUUGAGGACCUUUUAUAUUUAAAUUCUUAACAGUUCCAGUUGGUGCCGUGCGUCUUUGUUUGUUGACUUCUCAAAUGGCUGACAAAGAACUUUAUGAACCCCUCCGCUAUGACAGAGCGUUUGGGAGAUCCCGAUCUAGAUCUGCUUGUUUUGUUGCAUCUGUGGCUACCUUUGUUGCUGCUACUCUUGCGAUUGUUCUAGCUGUUGUAUGGGUUGAACAACUUCCAUGUGAUUCGAGCAGCAGCAGCAGCAAACAGCAGACACAAUUUUCGAUGGAAUGGAUUAGAUUCUUCCACAUCUCUGACGUCCAUCUGGAUCCCGAGUACGACGAAACCAUAUCAGCAGCAACAUUCUGUCGUAACUCGACUGGUUCUAUGCCUGCUGACUUCUCUGCUCCCUAUGGUAGAGUGGGUUGUGACUCUCCAAACAAAUUAGUAAAAAAUGUGUUUCAUGCAAUGAAAAAUGCGAGCAAGACUGAUCAGCCUGACUUCAUUGUUGUCACGGGAGACAUGUCUGCUCACCAUCUCGGAUCAUCAACUGGAAAUAACGUGCUUUAUGCCAUAACUGUUGCAACAGAAGAACUGCAGAAAACGUUUCCAAGCACUUAUGUUUUCCCCUGUUUGGGAAACAAUGACGUUCCUGAGGAUUAUUACAUCCCGCCACAACCCAAUGCUACAGAGUGGUAUGAGAAACUGUUGGAUUUAUGGAAAUCAACCAUCUUUUGUUCUAGUUGUCAAGGACGAGUCAAGCACCCACCUGUAAAUGAACGUGAAUUUAGACAAACUUUCCUAAAAGGCGGAUAUUACAAAGCACAAAUUUCACCCAAAAUGAUCCUGCUAGUUUUGAAUACAAUCUAUUACAGCACAAAGGCAACUGUGCGAAAUCAAGUAUUUCUGGAGACAGCACAAGGUCAAUUGGACUGGUUGAAGUCUGAACUACAGAAAGCUUCAGUUAAUGGACAUAAAGUGAUUAUAUCUGGUCAUAUACCACCGGGCUUUGAUCCCUAUUCCUUGUCAACGUAUUGGUAUGAUGAUUACACAACUUUCUAUGUGAAAUACACGUCAGAAGUAUAUCCUCAUGUAAUCGGAGGUCAGCUAUAUGGUCAUUUGCACAAAGAUGACUUCAGAUUCUUCAAUGGGAAUUCAAAGGAACCCUCAGUGCAAAAGUCUUCUGCAAUGUUGCUCACUGCAUCUCUCACACCAGUGUAUCGAAAUAAUCCAACAUUUCGUCUUAUGUAUGUGGAUGAUGAUAAAGGCACGUUUACAGACUACAAACAGUGGUACCUAAGCUUAACUACUGCAGAUGAAUUCAUGGUCACAAAUUGGCUGUACGAAUAUACAUUCUCUGAAGCUUUCCCAUCAGCCCUUGGCCAAGUAAUCAAUCCUCAGAGAAUCCUUGACAUUGCAAAUGGGAUUAUCAGCAAGACAAAAGAAAGUACUUGGCUUCAGUAUAUCUGGCACCGACAAGUUGAAUAUCUACCAGAUGAAAAGACCUUCUCACGCAACCGUCUGUAUUGCUGUUUGCGAUGUUCUAAUGAUACAGAAUUUGAUCAAUGCAAGCAAAGUCUACCUUUUAUUCCAGGAUAAAGUGUGCGUGGAUUAAAGAGGCAUGAUGGACAGCAUAAUUCGGUGCAUUGCCAUAACAUUGAAUGGUAUUGCAUUGCUACAUAACGUUGAAUGGUAUUGUUCUGAUAAAGAAGUGUUGCUCAUCUCUAAA